AUAAUUUUGAGUUAAUAAAAUAUAUGUAAGGUAAAAAGACCAUAAUCGGCAAGCCAGCAUUGUUCCCUGGGACUAUACGAUGGAGGAGACCAUAAUCGGUGGCGAUGGCUACCCCCGGCCGAUCAGCCCUAACAGGACCAGAAUCGGCUGGAUCGGCACCGGUGUGAUGGGCGCCGCCAUGGCCGGCCGCCUCCUCGCUGCCGGCUACUCUCUCUCCGUCUAUGCACGCACUCCUUCCCAGGGCGCCGCCCUCGCCGCCGCCGGAGCUGGCCUCGCCUCCUCCCCCGCCGACGCUGCCGCCGGCUCCAACAUCGUCUUCACCAUGGUCGGCCACCCCUCCGACGUCCGCUCCGCCGUCCUCCACCCCAUUACCGGCGCCCUCUCAGCCCUCCCAACCGGCGGCGUCCUCAUAGACCACACAACCAGCCACCCAUCCCUAGCGCGAGAGAUCGCCGCCGCAGCGCUCGCCCGCGGUUGCUGGUCAAUUGAUGCGCCGGUUUCAGGCGGCGACGUCGGGGCUCGGGACGGGAAGCUAGCCAUCUUCGCCGGCGGGGAGGAUGCGAUCAUCCAGUGGCUGACGCCUCUGUGGGAUAUUCUUGGGAAAGCGACGGCAAUGGGUGGGCCGGGAAGUGGGCAGAGCAGCAAGAUCGCGAACCAGAUCACGGUAGGGGGGAGUCUGCUAGGGCUCAGCGAGGCGCUGGUUUUCGCGCGGGCAGCCGGACUCGACGCCGGCGAGUUCCUAGCGGCGGUGCGGGGCGGAGCGGCCGGAUCGGCGGCGAUGGAAAUCUGGGGGGAUCGGGUAAUAGAGGGGGAUUUCAGGCCAGGUGGAUUCGUGGAGUAUAUGGUGAAGGAUUUGGGGAUGGGGUUGGAAGACGGCGGGGAGGAAGGAUCAUCGCCGGCGGUGGUUCCCGGAGCGGCGCUUUGCCGGCAGCUUUAUCAGGCGAUGGUGGCUAAUGGAGACGGGAAGAUGGGGACGCAGGGGCUUAUUACUGUCAUCGAGAGGAUUAAUGGCAAGUAGAGUAUGAACGAUGGAGUUGGAUUGGGUUUUCUUGCUUUCAUCUAUGUCUCUGGUGCGUGCUAGGUGUUUGAUGAUUUGCUUCUAUGGCUUGUAUCUCCUGAAGUUGGAUAAUAAUUGUAGUCUCAGAUGUUUAAACUUAGUCUGUCAUCAGUUAUAAAUG